GUUUGAUUGAGUUCUUGCGAUGCGAAUCACUACGAAUUCAAUUUUAAAACGUGAUCUGGCCGUAUCGUCCUCCUUUUUCGUUGUUUGAAGGCGGGAGCCCGGGAGCCAUUAAUUAAAAAAAGGAAGAAGAACAGGGCUGCAAACGGAUUGGAAAUCGCAUCACUGGGUGAAAGUGGCCUUAACCGCCCUAACUAAGCUCCACAAUGUGGAGCUCAACGUUCGACACCUCGCUAACCCUCGCGCCUCAUGAAAUUCGCGAUAUAAUGAUGCGCUCGGAGAGGAACGACAUUACUAUCAAGGAGAUGAUGGAGGACAGCACGGUGACCGGGGCGAUUCUGAAGGCAAACGAGCCGUGGCGGGAGGCUAAAGCCAAACUCUACUAUGACUUCCUUCAGAGCGUGCAAGCGCACUUCUCGGAGGCACAGGUCUUUGAUGCCAUCGCGGAUUUCAUACAGAACUGUACUGACACGCUGGACAUAAUGAGAGGUAUGCAAUCAAAAGUUGAAAAUACAGAAAUAGCAGAAGAAGAAAUUUCUUUGGAAAGUGAGAGGAACACGUGGAGACUGAUAUAUUGCCUCUAUCAGAACCGUAUAAGUAGUAGCGCUAGCUUGUCUACACAAAUGGAAUAUGAUGAACCAAUAAGCAAUAAUUAUAUAUCUGAAAAAGAUGUUAUAGAAAAUUUGUUUAAGUCUGAAAGUUAUAUCAGAGAAUAUCAAUUGAUUAUUGAUUGGCUAGAAAAAAAUGCUUUGGAUCAAGCGGAUAAAUAUCCAUCCGUAGAGCUCUUUACCGAUAAAACAGUAGCCUGGGAAAACACAGUUCAUCAGUUGCACAAUAAAAAUUUGGGAAUUGCAUUCAGCUCAUCCAGACCAAUGGUAUCGUCUUUAGAUCCUGAUGCACCGAUACGAGAGGGUAGGCCAUUACAUGAUUUGGAUAGAGAAGAUGAUGCUAGACUUGAAAAAAGAAUGUUUAUAGAGGUACGUUGUGGACGUCUUCAGAAAGCCCAAGCAUUGGCCAUGCAUUGUGGUCAACCUUGGAGAGCCGCAUGUUUAUUAGGAUGGAUUCCUAAUCAUGAUCCAAACUACAGCAAUCCAUUGACCGACACUAAAUUACCAAUCGAAGGGAAUCCUAAUAGAAGUCUUUGGAAGAUGUGUGCUUGGGAAUUGUCGCAAGAUAAACGCAUAGGUAUAUUUUAUCGUGCCAUAUAUGCAAGCCUGUGUGGCAAUGUCCAGCUACUACUUCAAAUAGCAUCCUCUUGGCAAGAUGCAUUGUGGGCUUAUGUGAAGAGCCUUUUAGAUAUCAAAGUCGAAUCAGCAUUGAGAUUAAUGAUGAUAAAAAUUUAUACAGUUAUACCAGAAGAAUAUUGGAAAAAUGAAAUCUCAUUGGAAGACGCAUUCAAAGAGCUGCACGCAUCGAAAAAUCCAAUAAUACGUGCUCAGUCUAACAAACCCGAUCAUUUAAUUCAAAAAUAUAUAAUACUAGAUCAAAUACCGAAAUUAAUGAAAGAGAUUGAAAGUAUGAUAGAUGUAGGCGUCUGUGACUCGCAGUUCAUUAGAUUCCUUGCUCAUCUGAUAUUAUUCUUCAGACAAAUUGGGAAAAGUACAAAGGAUAAGGUAGAAGACAAAGUAUUGAUGGCGUAUGUUCGUGUCCUUAUUGAAAUGGGCGAUCCGACUUUAAUCGCGUUCUACACAGCUACAUUACCACAAGAGGAUCAAAUAACCAACUAUGCCUCUUAUUUAGAGAGUGUUAAAGAGCAUGAACAGCGCCAGAAAUGUUUGCGUGCGGCGGAAGACGCGAACUUGAAUGUAGAAGCAAUUACGAAAUUGGUGGUGGAAAACAUACGUAGGAAAGACGUAGAAUCCGACCCAACGGACUUGAAAGGAACUAUUACUGAGGCGGACAUGGAAAAGAUCAAUGCUCUGGAUUGGUUGAUUUUCUAUCAAAGUCAGAGAGAAGAAGCUUUACGGCAAACAAAUGCGCUCAUUAGAUACUUUUUGACUAACGAAAAGAUUGAUGCGGCACGGAAAGCAUUUAAUAAGAUUCCAUCAGAUUCAAUUGAAUCGGUUAUGAGCGAGUAUCCAACUAUGGACUGCACGCUCAAUCUUACAAUAACUAAUAACUUGUCGAAGAAAGCUGCCGCGGCAAUAAGGGAAUACCUUUGUUAUAAAACAUAUCUUGACGCCCAGGAAGGUUUUGGCGAAUGGUUCUCUCAUUAUCAUCACGGUAAACCCACACCACCAGAAAAAUUACCCACAUACGCUACAUUCACUGAAAAGGUUGCGUACGAUCACAGAAAGACACAGUACAAUUUAGAACUCGAAAGAUGGAAAUCUACUAUGCAGCAUCAUACAAAGGCUGUGAAACAGUUAUUAUUUAAUGUUUUAUUGUUUCCCGACGGGGGUUGGCUCGUCGAUUCGAAGAGUAGCAAUGAUGAAACGUGCACGCCCGAAGAUGAACUUAGGGAACACCAAUUGAAAAAGUUGCGUGAGCUUUGUAUUCCUAAAGUCACACUUUUGCUACAUUCUGUUAUGUCGGAAAUGAAUGAACAUGACGGCUGCAUUCAGUUGGCUGACGUACUUGCUUCCGAACAACAUCAGCUGUACAAAGUAUUUUCAAAGGGAAAGUUACGCGAGGUGUUCAAAAAGAUUUGUGAAUCUUCUCUUGUCUUAAUGGACCAAAAGAAAGAUCCUUGGGGAUAUCCGAAGUGAAGUUUAAAUAUAUAAUAUUGUAUAAACCUAUUUGUACAGCAGCACACGUUAUUUAUAUUGAUCAUACACUCGUUGGCCCUUUUGACCGUCGCAUUAAAUGUACAAACAAUCUUUAUGAUUCUUUUUCUUCUUUUUUCUUUUUUUAUAAAACCAGUUUAUUGUC